CUACGUACCAUUGACACAAGCACUGAGCUCCGCCUUGAUGCAAUGGAAGUGCUCUGUGCUCUGGCAACUCAGCUGGGCAGAUCUUACGAGCGUUUCAUUCCAAUCGUGAAUCGAAUCACCGUGAAGCACAAGAUUUAUCACCCGAGAUAUGACAUCUUGGUGGCCAAAGUUGUUCGUGGAAAGACUGUGUCUGAUGGUGAGAUGUCGAUCAUAUCAACUCACAUGCGCCCUAGGCGACAUGGGUCCCGUAAUCACCACAGUGAAGACUCCACGACGAUCAAGAAGGGUACAGUCAUGGUCCAGUCUCUUCAGCGAGCUUGGCUUUUCACGCGAUUGGUGAGCAAGGAUGAUUGGCUGGAGUGGCUGAGACGAUUCAGCAUCGAGCUCAUGAAGGCCUCACCAUCGCCUGCUUUGAGGUCAUGUUACUCAGUGGCCACAACGUACGUCCAGCUGUCUCGGGACCUCUUCAACGCUGCCUUUGUGUCCUGCUGGAGCGAGCUCAAUGAAAGCUUGCAGGAUGACUUGUUGCAGUCAUUACGCCAAGCAUUGACUUCUCAGGACAUUCCGGAGAUCACGCAGACACUCCUCAACCUGGCAGAGUUCAUGGAGCAUUGUGAUAAGGGCCCACUUCCUCUGGAGCUCCAGCUCUUGGGAGAGAAAGCGAUGGGAUGCCGAGCGUACGCUAAAGCUCUGCAUUACAAGGAGGAAGAGUUCCACAAAGGUCCCACUUCACAAGUUCUGGAGCAUCUGAUCUCCAUCAACAACAAACUGGGACAGAAGGAAGCUGCUUCGGGUCUUUUGGAGUACGCGCGCAAGAACAACCGCACCGACAUGAAGGUCCAAGAACGGUGGCACGAGAAACUCCACGACUGGGACCAGGCCCUCCAGGCGUACCAGACGAAGCUCGAGGCUCGACCGGACGACUUCGACCUGAUGCUGGGUCAGAUGAGGUGUCUGGAAGCCCUCGGGGAAUGGGGGGAACUAUACAGCGUCUCGUACGAGUGCUGGAACGGCGAUCUUCAAGAUGACAGUCGUGGCCAGAUGUCUCGCGUAGCGGCGGCAUCUGCCUGGGCCAUGGGUGAGUGGCCCAUGAUGGAGAAGUAUACGAAGUACAUCCCGCGCGACACCCAGGAAGGUGCUUUCUACCGCGCAGUCUUGGCAGUGCACAAGGACCAGUACCGCUCGGCUCAGCAGUUGAUCGACUCCGCCCGUGACUUGCUGGACACGGAAUUAACGGCCAUGGUCGGAGAGAGUUACCAGCGGGCUUACAACGUGAUGGUUUCUGUGCAGAUGCUGGCCGAGUUGGAGGAAGUGAUUCAGUACAAAUUAGUCCCCGAGAGAAGGACGGCCAUCACGCAGAUCUGGUGGGAGAGACUCCAAGGUUGUCAGAGAGUUGUCGAGGACUGGCAAAGGAUCCUUCAGGUGAGAUCUUUGGUUCUCAACCCUCAGGAGGACAUGAGGCCCUGGCUGAAGUUUGCGUCCCUCUGCCGGAAAUCGAACCGUCUCACUCUGUCCCACAAGACACUGGUGAGGCUUCUUGGCUCUGACCCUUCUUCAAACCCACAGCAAGCGUUGCCUGCCAAUCACCCUCAUGUCACUUACCAGUACUGUAAACACAUUUACACGUAUCCCAACAGACGUCAAGAAGCCUACGGACAGCUACAAAACUUCUGCCAGUUCCUGGCACCUGCUGUCGUCAUGGAAGGCCAGAAUGGCGACAACAAGCUCAGAAAGCUGGUGUCCAGAGUGUACUUAAAGCUCGGCGAAUGGUUUGAGCAGCUUCACGGCUUAAACGAGGACCACAUCAACACAAUUCUGACUUAUUACACCCACGCUAAGGACACGGACGAGACUUGUUACAAGGCGUGGCACGCUUACGCGUACAUGAACUUUGAAGCCAUCCUCUUCUACAAGAACAAGUCUGAUGCCGUGAAAGCAGAAAGCGGAGCGGAAGAUCCCAACACACCGACGAAGAAGAAGAAAACUGCUGCAGACUUCACUGUGGCAGCCACGAAGGGAUUCAUCCGUUCUAUAUCGCUGAGUGAUGGCAACAGUUUGCAGGACACCUUGCGACUCCUGACAGUGUGGUUCGAGCACGGCCACCAGCCUGGGGUCUACGAAGCCCUGGUCGACGGGCUCAAGACCAUUCAGAUUGAUACGUGGCUGCAAGUGAUUCCCCAGUUGAUUGCGAGAAUUGAUACCCCUCGAAUCCUAGUCGGGAAACUCAUCCACCAGUUACUAAUGGAUAUCGGCAAACAUCACCCACAGGCUCUGAUAUAUCCGCUAACUGUGGCGGCCAAGUCGGCUGUGCCACUCCGCGUUCAGGCUGCCGAAAAGAUCCUCAAGAGUAUGAGAGAACAUUCAGCACACCUGGUCCAGCAGGCCAUGAUGGUGUCGGAGGAGCUGAUCCGAGUGGCCAUCUUGUGGCAUGAGAUAUGGCACGAGGGCUUGGAGGAGGCCAGCCGGCUGUAUUUCGGAGAACGCAAUGAGUCUGGGAUGUUCCGGGCGCUGGAACCCCUGCACGCCAUGAUGGAACGUGGGCCUCAGACGCUGAAGGAAAUGUCCUUCAAUCAGGCCUACGGGCAAAAUCUCCUCGAUGCCCUGGAAUGGUGUCGCCGCUACCAGAGGUCGGGCAACAUCCGAGAGUUGAACCAGGCCUGGGACCUCUAUUACCAUGUCUUCCGUCGUAUAUCACGCCAGCUGCCCCAGCUGACUUCACUGGAGCUGCAGUCAGUUUCCCCCAGGCUGCUCAAGUGCCGAGACCUGGACAUCGCCGUCCCUGGGUCUUACGCCCCCAAUAUACCAGUUAUUUGCAUUGCCCAGGUUCAGUCUUCUCUCCAGGUGUUAACAUCGAAGCAGAGACCGCGCAAGCUGUUCAUACGAGGCAGCCACGGCAAGGACUUUGGCUUUCUGCUGAAGGGACACGAAGAUCUGCGGCAGGAUGAGAGGGUCAUGCAGCUCUUUGGUCUGGUCAACACACUCCUCAUCAGCAAUCCCGACACAUUCAGACGAAACCUCACGAUUCAGCGUUUUGCUGUGAUUCCCCUGUCCACCAACUCGGGACUGAUCGGCUGGGUGCCACACUGCGACACCUUGCACGCCCUCAUCCGAGAUUGGCGUGAGAAGAAGAAGAUCCUGCUGAACAUUGAGCACAGAAUCAUGAUGAGGAUGGCCCAAGAUCUCGACCACCUGACACUGAUGCAGAAGGUCGAGGUAUUCGAACACGCCUUAGAACACACGCAAGGAGAUGACCUCGCCCGCCUACUCUGGUUCAAGAGCCCCUCCUCAGAAGUGUGGUUCGACCGCCGCACCAACUACACGAGGUCCUUGGCUGUUAUGUCGAUGGUGGGCUACGUUUUGGGCCUGGGAGAUCGUCACCCAUCUAACCUCAUGCUGGACCAACUCUCGGGCAAGAUCAUCCACAUCGAUUUCGGCGACUGCUUCGAGGUUGCCAUGACUCGUGAGAAGUUCCCAGAGAAGAUCCCCUUCCGUCUAACCCGGAUGCUGAUCAAUGCAAUGGAGGUGACCGGGAUAGAUGGGACUUAUCGAAUGACCUGCGAGUCGGUCAUGGGGCUCAUCCGUCGAAACAAGGACUCUCUCAUGGCCAUGUUGGAAGCCUUCGUCUAUGACCCUCUGCUCAACUGGCGUCUGAUGGAACACACUCAGCCCAGGAGCAAGCGUUCGGUCGUGGGGGAGAGUAUCAGCGGUGGUAGGGUCGGCACGACCGAGACUCCUCAGACGCCCAUAAUGGAAGCAACUUCGUCGACGGCGCCUCUGGGCUCUCACACAAAGAAGGUUGAGCUCAGGGAGGACUUGGGGACUUCGGAGGCCCUGAAUAAGAGAGCCGUGGCCAUCAUCAACAGAGUCCGCGACAAGCUGACCGGACGAGACUUCUGCCACGACGAACCUUUGGAUGUACACAAGCAAGUUGAAUUGCUGAUCGCUCAGGCAACAUCUCACGAAAACCUCUGCCAGUGCUACAUUGGUUGGUGCCCAUUUUGGUAAAUGGCUAAAUGUACAGAGUUCUUAUUUGGCCACUGAUAGCGUUUUGCACAGUUUUAGCCAGCAGCAUUUGUAAAUAAAUAGUAUAUCUGAUAUUUUACGAGAUGAUUGUUAUUAUAAUGUAUAUAAUACAAGAUGUGACCUAUUUUAAACUUUUGAAAAACUCAAAUUCAAGCGAUGGUGCUUCAGAUUUUUGUUUUAAUCUGGUAAAAUGAGGAUAGUAGAUGCUAUAUUUUACUACUACAAGAUUUUGUUGGAAUACUUGUGAUCUAGAUGCAGUCAUUACACAGACUGUAAACGUAUUUUGAGCUGUACUGUACAUAUCUCUAUUGCUGGUGUAGUUGAUUUGCUAUGACAGAGGUUCUGUGAAGAAAAUCAGGGUUUAUGUUCACCCAAUGUAUCCAAAUUCUCUUGAAUUUGAGUUUUACUGGUGAACAUCAGUGAUUUCAUACUGUUGUUCAAUUGUUCCUCAGAAUUAAAUGUUGAUUCGAGGGAGGUGACACAUAAGACUAUUUUUAGUGGGUUUGUAUACUGCAGUGGUUAUUUUCAUAUUUUUGCUUAUAUUUGUAUGGGUGUAGAGGAUGACCAGUUAGCAAAACUACAAAAAAAUACUUUAAAAAUGUGUAAUCAAAAGGUAUACUACUAAGAUUGUACUUCGAUACGUUUUUGUACAUAGCCGGGCAUUGCAAAAAACUAGUGAUAAGCUGUCAUGUCAUGUGAUUUUGUUAGUCAAUAAUAAAGUUAAAUUUUUUA